GGAUGUCUUCCUAUUGUAGCUUUCCAACUAUCCUUUCGUAACUUAGGGGACCAUCUUCACAGUUGGGAGCUGCUAGCGUGUGUUAAUAUUAACUCAUGUUAAUAUCUGUGAAUACUGACUCUGUGAAUAAGAAGCUGGACAGGCACCCCAAGGGUUUCUACCUUUUUCUAUUAUAAUUUUACGAGUUCAAUUGAGGAGACUUUAACAUCAGCUAGAUAACUGGUGUGAUAUUUAAAAUAAUAAUAUAUUAAAAAAAUAUUGAAUGCCAUUGGAACUCAUGCAUUUAUACUGUUAUAGGUUAUAAAGGUUAUAUCAAAGUUGAUUCGAAAAAAAAAAACCUGGCUUGUGCUUUACUCAAUUAAAUGUGAGACCUAUUAUGGGAAAACUUUAAUGUUGGGAUGUCAUUUGCAGUCUUUUAACAUUUAAAACAUUUAAAAUGUCUGAUCAUUUUGUCUCCAGAUCUCUAACUCAUGUGCCUGUAUCUCUGCCUACAUUUACAGUGCUGUCUUGCUGUCAGCAGUCCAACACAAGGAAGAAAAAACAUGAAUGCUCCCAGUGUUUCAAAACCUUUCCUAAAUCUUCCGCUCUUGCAAUUCAUCAACGAACACACACAGGAGAAAAGCCACAUCAAUGUUCUCAGUGUGGAAAUGCCUAUAGCCAAAUGUGUAAUCUCAAGAGACACCAGAGGAUCCACACUCGGGAAAACCCACACCAGAUGAUCCAUACUGAGGAAAAGCCACACCAGGGUUCUCAGUGUGGAAAGACUUUUAAAUGUAUGUCUUAUCUCAAGAGACACCAGAGGAUCCACACUGGGGAAAAGCCACAUCAGUGUUCUCAGUGUGGCAAGGCCUAUCAUCGAAUGUCUCAUCUGAAGACACACCAGAGGAUCCACACUGGAGAAAAGCCAUAUCAUUGUUCUCAGUGUGGAAAGACCUUUAGCCGAAUGUGUUAUCUCAAGGAACACCAGAGGAUCCACACUGGGGAGAAGCCACAUCAGUGUUCUCAGUGUGGAAAUGCCUUUCGCUCAAUGUCUAAUCUCAAUGCACACCAGAGGAUCCACACUGGGGAAAAGCCACAUCAUUGUUCUCAGUGUGGAAAGACCUUUACUGUAAUGGGUACUCUCAAGAGACACCAGAGGAUCCACACUGGGGAAAAGCCACAUCAGUGUUCUCAGUGUGGCAAGGCCUAUCAUCAAAUUUCUCAUCUGAAGACACACCAGAGGAUCCACACUGGAGAAAAGCCAUAUCAUUGUUCUCAGUGUGGAAAGACCUUUAGCCAAAUGUGUUAUCUCAAGGAACACCAGAGGAUCCACACUGGGGAGAAGCCACAUCAGUGUUUUCAUUGUGGAAAUGCCUUUCGCUCAAUGUCUAAUCUCAAGGCACACCAGAGGAUCCACACUGGGGAAAAGCCACAUCAUUGUUCUCAGUGUGGAAAGACCUUUACUGUAAUGGGUCAUCUCAAGAGACACCAGAGGAUCCAUACUGGGGAAAAGCCAUAUCAUUGUUCUCAGUGUGGAAAGACCUUUACUGUAAUGGGUCAUCUCAAGAGACACCAGAUGAUCCAUACUGGGGAAAAGCCACACCAGUGUUUUCAGUGUGGGAAGUGCUUUAAUACCAAAAGCAAUCUCAAGACACAUCAGAAAAUACAUACUAGAAUCACGCAUACAGCGGAAAAGCCUUAUCAGUUUCUUCAGCGUAGGAAGGCCUUUAAUAGAAUAUCUAGUCUCAAGGUACAUCAGAAAAUACAUACUAGAGAAAGACCCCACCAGUGCAGUUUCCCAACCCCACCUGUCCUCUCCUUCCCCAUCACCUUUCAGUUCCCAACCCCACCUGUCCUCUCCUUCCCCAUCACCUUUCAGUUCCCAACCCCACCUGUCCUCUCCUUCCCCAUCACCUUUCAGUUCCCAACCCCACCUGUCCUCUCCUUCCCCAUCACCUUUCAGUUCCCAACCCCACCUGUCCUCUCCUUCCCCAUCACCUUUCAGUUCCCAACCCCACCUGUCCUCUCCUUCCCCAUCACCUUUCAGUUCCCAACCCCACCUGUCCUCUCCUUCCCCAUCACCUUUCAGUUCACACUCCCAUACUACCCUCCCGUGUGGAGUUUCUGCAGGCUGAGCUAUGGCCUUGCCCACCUCAGGAGCAUCAGAGUGUAG